CAGGAAGGUAAAGUCGGGAAUUCCCAUACAGCCAUUAUAUCAUAAGACAAAUUUAGAGCUUUCGUCGCAUUGCGAACUGAUUUUAGCAGAAAGAAGAGCAUGAAAGAGACAUAUAUAAUUUGUUGUGGCAUCUUGAGUAUCGCAAUGACCGUUGCCGUUGCUAAGCUUGCAGACAACGAAGUGUACCUCAAUCUUCCAGUUAAAAAUAGAUGUUCGAAGGAUAAAAUACACCGCAUGGACGUGGCAUCGAGGUUUCUAGUUUGUGGAAUAUGCGCGAAAGGUAAUGAGAGACAUAUCGACAAGCACACAAAAAGGAUCAUAUGUCGUCCGUGUCACCGUGGUUACUACAACAACGGGACGAUGGACAUCUGUAAGAAAUGCAAGAGGUGUCGGGGAGCAACCAAAAUUAAAUGUACCCACAAAGAUGACACCGUGUGCCAAAGUGACAUCAGGAAGCUGAGAAAACAAAAAGGAAAAAUGUUAAAACAACAAGGUUUAGUCCCUGCUAAAAAGAAACCAAUUAGACAACAUAGAAACCUAAAAACAGGAACAAUAUGUGAGACCAGCUUGUAUGGUAAGAUGUGUCACUAUGUCGUACCUGAAACCACGUCGUCGUCCACGUUUCGCCCAGUUACCGCUGAUCCCGGAGAUGAGGAAUCCAUUGAUUUGGAAGAAGACGAACCACCAACCAAACAAACACACAAUACAUUUGUGAUAGUUGUCAUUGUAGCGACCUGUUUUGUGAUAGCUAUAUCUGUAGCCGGUCUGAUACAUUGGUAUGUGAAAAAGAGAAAACUCAAAACGAAGAAUCUGAAGGACAACCUACUGUCUUCAAGUAGAUCCACCAAGUUAUCAUCAGUAACUGAGUUAAGAUUACACGGUUGUAGUUACCACGAGUCUAACACUGGGAGUGAAAUCGAAAUGGCUUCAUCUGUACACACAGCGUUAACACCAGUUGCAUGUUCAUCAAUGAAUGCAUUCGAAUUAAAAUCGUAUGGUUCUAGGUUUUCCAAGUGCAUGCAUAUGAUCGAUGAGGAUAGAUAUGUAAGAUUUCCAAGAUGUUGUUCAGUGGACCUUCACACCAGUCGACGAUUACAACGCCAUUCCACGUCCUCCUUGACCAGCUUCCGAGCUGUAAUAUCGUUACAAUUAGCCAACCCAUCACCAUCUGUUUCCUCCAGUGACAGCUGUGUGAACCUUUUCAACAGCAGGGACAUGUCACUUUACGACCUUGAAUAUGAUGAGACGGUGCAGAAACGAAGUGACAUUCCCAUCAUUAUCAACACCCUAGCAAUGCCCAAAAUCAUCAAUGGGGAAAUCGGCUCCGAAUGCUUUCAAAAAUCAACGGACCCAGACAGCCAAAACAUAUUUAGUAACUACUACAAGGACAAAAUGACCCAAACCCGAGUACUUCUUACUCCCAAAAACAUCUUCAACGGACAGUGGGAUAUGUAUGGAACUUUCAGUGAGGAUGGUGGACGUCUAAUGAAAGACAAUUCCAGCGCUGAACUAAUACUACCUAGAGGCGCGGUAGCUAAAGGUGACAGCGUGGAAAUUCACGGUUCAGUAUUCACAGACCUGGAACAGAUGAAGGAGGCGUUCCAGCUAAAGCAGGACGAAUGGAUGACGUCUGUCGCCGUGGAGUAUUACAAACAAGACGGUUCAAGGCCAUUUGAGAAGGACGUGGUAGUACGACUUCAGCACUGUUUGUCGUCGGGUUUCAACCCGUCUUUCUUCAACGUAUCGUGGUUCAAGAAGGAUGACGACGGACGAAUCGUUAAAGAAAAGGUGCCGCUAAAAGACGGACGCGAUGACGAUCUGGAGCAAGCGACCCCCUGGUUCGAGUUUGGCCCUGGAAGCACAGUCGUGAUACACACGAGGCACUUCAGCGGGUUCUGCUGCUCGUACUGUGGACACGAGGGUAUUCCUGUCUCGCUGACUGCCAUGGUGUUUGGUUCAUUUGAAGCAGCUCGUCACGAAGUUAGGGUCCUGCUGUAUCUGUGGGAUACAAAAUGCUUCAUAAAAGACUUUAACGAUUAUAUGAUGAACGACGUCUGCCAGGGGAUGACGAGGUUUUCGAAGCAGGAGGUACAGCUGCUGGACGACACGCCAGGACAGAGCCUGUUGAUUUGCUCUCUACAGCCAUGCGGGGAUGGCGCCAGUAGGUGGCAGCACAUUCUUAGACCAGACGGGGAAAAGCUUGUUUUCAAAAAGAAACAGAUUCGAAAACUGAACAAAAUAGUGAAAUGCUGUCGAGAGUCAGGACCGCAGCUAAUACAGUGGGCACUGAGAGGCGAGGACACCGCAGAUGACGUGUUUCAGUGUAUAGUCGACAUACAUCACGUGAUUGACGAAGACAGUCACGCAUCGGACAACGAAGAUGGUCAGACAACUGUGUACAUCUCAGACUUAAUAAGUCCUUCGUCAUCACGUAUGAGUUUGCAAGAAGUUAGUGAUGACUUGAGAGAAACUGUAAAGUUACUAGCAGACAAGCUUACUGUGUACCAAACAGAAGAGUUGGGAAGACAGUUUGGAAUUGAACACGUGUCUAUCAACAGACCCAUUGGACAUAAUCCUGACAGUCUAUCAACCAAAAUAAGUAUUUUAAAUAAAUGUAUCACAAAAAAUCCAAGAGACUUUGAAAAAAACAAUCUACAGCGUGUUCUUGGCGAAAUUGGAGUACAUGGAAUACUCGAUGACCCUGGCUAUGCAUUUCCAGAACUUCCGGUAAAGUCGUAUCAGACCGAUUCGUACAAAAAACCGAUUCAAGUAGCCGAAGAUUCUCAGAAUACGACUCCAAAGGAGCGUAUCAAUGGUGAUCACGUAUGCUGUGAGUCGCCCGAAGAAGACUCGGACGCCAUAUAACCUUAAUUCUAAAGUUUAAUGCUACCAAGUGUCACGACGAAGCUGACCAACUCGAUGGUUGCGUUGUAAUUUUCCCAACUCCUGACUUACGAUAGGUGCGCUCAGAUUAACAACUAAUCAGUUGUAGGAGUUGAAUGCAACGAUAAUCAGAGUUGUAAGAGCGCUUAGACUAGCAACUGGACAGUCGUAGAAGUCGUGAGAGCAGAAAGUUAGCCAUCUUUAUUGUGGCAGUUGAUAGUCUGACCCUAGUGAAAUAAAACACAUCUUUCUUUUUCAAAGAAGACAUGCACUGAAUGCAAAGAUGUAUCAAGGUGGAAACACACUAAUCACAACAAAAAUGCAUGCUCCUUACUCAGUAGCUAUCCACUUGUGACACAAAGCGCCACUGGGACGCUCUAAGCCACUUACGUGGACUGUUACCGGGUUCAGGUUAAGCCAGCCAUUUGUCGCUAACGCUUGGUAGACUGAUUUUUACGCUAUCCAUUUCAGGAACCAAUUAAAAUAGUUUGCAAACGUUUAGUAAAAACGGCUGGCAGAACUUAGACCAGUUUGGAGCAUGGUCUUUGCUCUGAUAGGCACAUGUGCAGGAAAUUGUGCAGGGGGUGGAUGGUCUAGACUGUGGCGAGGUAAGUUUUUAGGGGGUCGGGUCAUAUUUCACGGGACACUACAGUGGGGAAAAAAGAAAAUUCGCUUGGAGCAGGGGUGAUUCGACCUCCCAAACCUGUCGCUGUUGAAAAAAUGUACAUGCACACUCAUUUAAGAGACUUCGUUGACUUUGCGUUCUGCGUUUUAGCGACUGAUUUCUUGGGAUUAUUCAGUUUAAUUCAAACCAUUUAUUUAUAUAUUGAUCAUAUAAAAUGGCAUGCAUUGGACAACAUAAUAAGAACAUAAAAUGGUUAAAUCAGACGUA